AUGUUUAUUCUGUAUAUUUUGCUUUGAAUACUAUCGAUUAAGAAGUAGAAUUUGAUUGAAAAUUUGGAAGGUUAGGGUCUUCUCAGGUUAUUCUUUCAUUCAGUCCCGAGUGAUGUAUGGAGCCCCGGUAUGGGCGGACGAUCUGAUGGCGAGUCAUCGCAGCAUCCUGCUCCUCAGGAGGCUGCACAGGGCAACCGCCAUCAGAAUCGUCAGGGGAUACCGAACAGUGUCUCACGCGUCGGCGACCGUUCUGGUCGCAUCUCCUCCGUGGAAGCUUCGGGCGUUGGUGCUCAAAAGGAGAUACAUUCACAUGAGAUUGUGGGACCCGGGAGAGGACUCGACCGAGCAGGCGGCCCCAAAAGACCUAGGAACCGCCGAGGACAACGCGUGAGACCAGUGGCGAUCCCAGCUGCUCAACGAGGGAGGCGAACAUCGAGGCGCGGAGGCGGUCCUUCCAAAUAGGGAGACAUGGAGAAGCCGCCGUGGCCUCCCGCUCACCUACAGGAUGACCCAAGUGCUCACGGGACACGGCGUGUUUGGCUUUCCAGAACCUCUCUUUCCUCCGUUGGAUUUUCAACGGUUCCUGCCUGAUAUUAGUCUCCCUGAUGAUAUCCGCUGGGAUGGCGCAGCAUCCAUGACAAUUCUGGUGACCUUGGUUUUAAUGAGCCUGGCAGUGGCUUCGUCCCAGGACUACAGUCAGCUGUUCGCAGGAUUCGGGCCUUACCUGAGACAAUCAGCGGUAAUGCGAGAUCCACGAUCGAACAGAGGUCCAGUGCUGUUCCCUCCGGGUCCCCCGCCAAAUAGCGCGGACACAAGCGGAGUGAUAGUAGGCGCAAGCGGAUACGGAUUCGUGCCACCCAACCAAGCUUUCUACAGGUAUUUUUACUAUUAACGAUGGAUAAAGAAGGUAAUGGAAGUAAAAAUAUCGAGAGAUUCGUGAUUACUGCGUCAUCAUCAACGAGGAAGUGGUGAGGCAUGGCAAGGAGUUCUCAAGAAAUUGACGAAUCCGUGGCAAGGAAUAAUUUAGGAACAAAUAAUCCUGCGUCCAAUUUUGUAUUAUAUUGUAUGCUUUAAUUAUUUUUAUGCUGCCUGAAGAGUUUCUAAACGUGUUUCUAACGACACUCAGGAGUAUCCUUAGCAGUAUUUGUACAAAGAAGUACAUAUCUUAAACUAAUGUAUCGUUAACGUUUUAUACAAAUAGCGUCAAUGUAGCAAUCCGCAACAGCGGAAUCUCAAUUAUUUAGUCCAAAAUUUUGCUUCACGAUAAAAUCUCAUAGAAUACUAACUGCGCUCCAAUUUAUAUAUUGUCGGAACAGAAUUCAUUGCUAGAAAGGUGACAUAAAAGUAAAGUAUUUAAUAAAAUAGGAAUAUUACAAUAAUUCGAUGAAAUUACGUUUAAAGUAAAUCUACUUUAACCUCUUUCUUAAUAUGUAAUGGAGAUUCCCCGGUUGUUAAUAUAAUAAAAGUAUAAUAUCUAGAAUCGUUCGCUAAAAGUCGCGUACCUUUAUUGAUGUAGAAAGGCAGUUUACGCUUCAAACAUUUACCGUUCGUCGUCGUCGAGAUUGCAGCCCCUACUCAAUUUCCUGUACAUAAACAAAGCAGAUAGAAAUCGAGAAGGCAAACAUCAAUCAUUCUACGAGCACAUGCAAAGUAGCCCCUUAAAAGACGCGUGAAAUUAGCGUCGUAAAUAUACGUAACUUCCUUGUAACGCUGUUCUGUAUCGAUUUUAAUACACGAUACACAACGCGAUCGAGUUGUUUCCAGGAUUUGGCCUACGCGAUUUCUCAAACGUGCUGUCGCGGUGCACGCAUGCCUGCCUCGCUUUAUUACGUCACAUCUCCAUCGAUCGACCGAUUGUCGGCCGUACAGCUCGGCUUAGUCAUAGGCUGCACUUGAAAUCGAAAUGCGCGAGGCAUGUAACCGGCACGCGAUGCAUGGGCGGGAAAAUUGCGGAUUGUUCCGUCGACUCGGAAUACCGUUCAUCGAUCACAGGCCAAUCUGGUUCGACCACCAGUCACGGUUGAUAAGCAUAAUCUUAAGUACAUAGAACUGUACAUAAUUUUUGGUCCAAUAAAAUUACUUUGUUAUUAACGAGAA